AUGAUGGCCAAGCCCUUUGUGAGACAAGAGCAGGCAGAAGAGGUGAUCAGCCCCCUGCAGUGGAUGGACGGGGACGUGAGCUCUCCUGACGGUAACGCGCCAGUCAUAUCACACCGCUACAGAACGAGCGGCACCAGCCACAAAGGCAGGGAGAUGGGGAGUGAGGACAUGGAGGAAGAUGAGGAGGAUGACGAGGAAGGACAGGAGGAUGAGAAUGGGCCUAAACGGCGAGGGCCAAAGAGGAAGCGAAUGACGAAGGCCCGCCAAGAGCGGUUCCGUGCGCGCCGCGUGAAGGCCAACGCUAGGGAGCGCUCACGCAUGCACGGCCUGAACGACGCGCUGGAGAACCUGCGCGGCAUCAUGCCCUGCCACUCCAAGACGCAGAAACUGUCCAAGAUUGAGACCCUGCGGCUGGCCCGCAACUACAUCUGUGCCCUGUCCGAGGCCCUGGAGGGAGGCCAGUCCACAGAGAGCAGGGCCUUCAUGGAGACGUUGUGUAAGGGCCUCUCGCAGCCGACCAGCAAUCUGGUGGCGGGCUGCCUUCAGUUUGGCCAGGCCCCUGCUGUAGGAGAGGGGCCAGAGGACAGACACGGAGCACGGGGGGGAAUCCCGACAGCUCUCGGUGGGGUUGGCACAGCGGUAUGCCCAUUGGGCUACUCCUCCCCAGGCCUACCAAGUCCUCCUUACGGCACCUUGGACACGGCUCACCUCGUCCACCUGAGGGCCAUGAAGGCGGGUGUGUAUGACAACCACUCCCCAAAUGACUGCAGCAUGGGCACACCUCCCUAUGACGGCCCUCCUACGCCGCCUCUCAGCAUUGGCGGCAACUUUGUGCCCAAGCAGGAGCCCUCGCCCCGCUUCUUGCCCCCGCACCACUACCCCACCUCCUCCUUAGACCCGGCAGUGAACCAGGGACAGGUCCUGUUUCAGGCAGCCGGCUAUGAUGUGCACUUGGAGGUGCCAUAUGACUACCACCCACCCCACAUGCCCCCUCCACAAAUGCCCUCCGUUUACAGAGACUAG